CUCCGGGACCACGUGGACCGCCUGUCCUGGCGCGCCUGCGCCUUCGGCGCCGCGGGCGAGCGCGUCGUCGCCGGCGCGUCGUCGCGCGGCGCCGUCGAGCUCUACGUCUGGGAGGCCGCGUCCGGCGCGCUCCUGGCGCGCGUCGCCGACGAAGACGGCGACGCCGCGGACGGCGACCUCGCGGCCCUCGCCUGCCACCCGCGGGGGGCCAUCGUCGCCACGGCCGCGGGCGCGAACCCGCCCGUCGUCAAGCUCUGGGCGUCCGACGACAGCCGGUCCUGGCGCGCGUUCGCGCCGGGCUUCGAGGAGCUCCACGAGAACACGCGCCACGAGGAGCGCGAGGACGAGUUCGACACGGUC